AUGUACAAUGUACCCAUUCUAGUCUGUAUCCACUCCCCCGCUUCAGGCGCUGAGGCACAAUGGUCCGUCAUCAACACAACUAUGCCCUCUGCAGGAGACGUCCCAAGCAGCAUGAGCACCGGUAUCUCUGAAAUUUGUGGCGAUGCGAUAUCGCUGUCGCAGCCACCGCCAGAAUGGAGCGUCGUUGGAUUCCAAUUCAGCACCAGAAACACCGAUUCGGAGCUGACGGUUAUGUGCAAUGGCAAACGCUUUGUCCUGUGUUUGGCCGCCGACAACUUGUCCGAAUCACCCAAGCUGAAAGAGCGUUACCUUUUCUUUCUACGAGUCGCUGAAGAGUUCGAGCUGGAUGGUUUUACUGUCGAAGACCUCUGGGAUUGGGCUGCUGAGCCUCUGUUCCCCCUUUUCCGAGACAUGCCCCCUCCAGACAAGACGCAUCAAUCGACCCUCGACGACUUUUUCAACCCCGAAACUUUUGUCUACACCUUGCGAGCGGUCUCCGAUAAUCUAGUUCCGGAGAAAUGCGAAAACCAAAACCAAGAUUCUAUGUUUGGCAUUCUUCUCCCUGACGAACUCUGCACGCCGUGGACCUCUGUCAAACCGUCCGAAAUCCGAGUCUGCGAGGAGAAGGCCAUUGGGCCUCCUAAUCACACACCACGCAAGGUCCUCCUAGAGGACGACACUGUCGCAUUCUUGAAGCUCAUGCAUCGCGGCGACAAGCAGUUCCUCAAGACCGAGCUGGAUGCUUACUACAAGAUCGACAAAGCACGGCUUGACAGUACGACCAGGGUCUCACGCCUCCAUGGUCUGGUGCGGGAUGACAGAGGCGCGAUUCUUGGCCUUUUACUCACCUAUAUCGACUGCAAAAACUUGACACUGUCGUGUGCUGUUAAGCCCGAGACACCGACAGCCCUGCGAGAGAAAUGGGCAGCCCAGCUCCGGGACAUCAUCACUCAGCUACACAAUGCUGGACUCGUCUGGGGAGAUGCUAAGCCGGACAACGUCUUGAUCGAUAGCAAUAAGGAUGCUUGGAUUGUCGACUUUGGUGGCGGGUAUACAGAGGGAUGGGUGCCCAAGACGUUGGCCGGGACGGUAGAAGGUGAUACGGUUGCUUUUGAGAAGAUGGUAGAAUUCAUCAGCACUUGA